AUGGACGACAAGACCGCUGCGGCCACUCAGCGCUGGCAGCGCCUCAUGAUCCAGGCCAAGUACCAGUGGGAGGAUGACAUCCCCUUCCCUGUGACGAAGCGCGGGGUGCAGAAGCCACGUGGAGACAAGCGAAACGAGCGCAUCAUGGUCUCUCUGAAGAACUACAUCAGCGGCUCCAAGGAGCUGCUGCAAUUCUUCUGA